CGUAAAUCACGGCCUUGGUUGCGACCCCAUGGCGCAAUGCCUACUAUCGUCUCUACACUAGUUCAAGUCCUUCAAGCAAUUGUAUGAUACAAUGGAGCCUCACAAUCAGCUCCUCGCCAGUCGCAAGAGGCGUAGACGGCGGCGACGCCUCGACCGCCCCCCCGUCUCCGCACAUCUUUUGCUCGAUGAACGGAUGAACGACGAUGUAGGCAUCUUGUCGGAGGACCUUGUGCAGGACCUUUUCCCCGGCUACAAAGGAUCUAACGAUGAUCCAUCGUCAAAUCCGAUCCUUCACGUUGCCGUAGCCCCAUGGCAACCAACGUCCUUGGUUUCCGCGCAGAACACGUCGUGGACCAUCUUACCUGUACGGCCACCUCCGAUCCCUGACAUCAUUUCAGCGAGAUCACAUUCAUCUAUUCAAUUUCCAGCGUCGUCUUCCGCGCUGCAGUCCUUCUUGCAUAACCUUCAGAGUUAUUCUCUUGGCAAAAUUCCCCCGCGACGAGACACACCCAUUGAAAUCCGCGUGAUCGAUGUGGUACCGAUUGGUCUGGAGACGAUAUUUGUCUCUCUUGAUACAGAAGAGCUCAAACGACUUGAAGAGGUGCACGCAAAGUUUGGAGGCGGCUUCGGAGCAGAGGGGCACGAAGUCGCACUUUCACCUCGGAAGGGAGGGCUUCCAAAACAAAAGACUUCUGUAGACAUCAAAGCACUUGAGGGAAAAUGGCGACAGGCGGUUCGUGACGCACUGAAAGCACCGCAGCUCGUACAUACUGGAGACGUUCUUCAACUUCCGCUUGCCACGCAUCCGAUUACACAUGCGCCGGCCCCACCAGCGAAGGUCAUAUCAUGCGAGCCAGUGAGCCAGGGAUUGGUGCUUCCAAGCACUCGUAUAAUACUUUUACAAUCGCACAAGACCGCGAGAGCACCAAAGCCAGCAUCAAUUACGGCAGCUAUUACGAACGGCAUACCUGAAGAAGAUGAGGAUACGUCAAACGAAGUCUUCUACUCUGCAGCAGAAGAGAAAGGCCUCUCUACAGAUACUUCUCCUGCAGGAGACGAAUCUACCGAUGACUUGCGCUCGGAGACUUCAGUCACAGAUCAGGACGAUCUAUCUGAUGAUUCCGAAGAUGGUUUUUCACUAAUGAGUCCAAUGCUCCCGCCCUCUACCGGUAUCAUGUCGACUUACCAGUCUGCAACUCCACGCCCAGGGUUUCUGUCACUUGCACAUGGAGUGCAAACCCCUGGAUCUCUUCGUUCGGGUAUUACAACCAGCACGGCGCGACAGGGUGGACAGCCAAGGAUCUUCAGAGCCCAGGGGCUGUUGCAAAAGCUCCCAGAUGAUCUCCUUCAUCCAAAGCCCGGUGCCGACGAAGAUGAAGAAGCGCGUGUCUAUGUAGACACGGCGAUGCUUGUCAAGAUAGGGUGCUUCUCAGGCGAUUGGGUUCGCCUUGAGGCAGCUACUGAUCAGCCGUCAAAUAGCUUUGCGCCAUGGAAACUAGGCUCAUUUGAUCUGGACGAAGAGGAUACACAAGACUUUCGUGCCGUCAAAAUUUAUGGUAUUCAAGAGAGUGCAGUGAAGAAGAAUGCAAAGAUGCCCUCACACAAGAUGAUCCAUGGCCGAACGUCGAGCUUCUUUGGGAUGAUGGGGCAUAGCGCUGCUCCUUCGGCAACUGCGUAUGCUUCACCUGUAUUGCUUGCUAAUCUUGGCAUGCCCUCACGUCUUCGCAUCGCACCACUAGGCCUUGACCGCGGACAGAAGAUUACGAGUGCUGCGGUUCCACCGAAUGCGAAGGAGGUCACUUUGCUUAAACUCGCCACGCCGCUGUCAUUAGACCGAACGCUGCAGCCAAGUUUAUUUACGGCACUGAAGCUAUACUUCGAGCGCAAGCAACGUAUUGUGAAAAGUGGUGAUCUUGUGGCUAUAGCCAUCGAUGAAUCUUUGGGUAGAUCGGUAUUUCAGGGUUCAGAUGACGGAGCAGAAGAAGAAAUCUUAUCGAAGACAAAAACUGCCUUGGGCAUCAAGUCUGACAAGACUACAGCUAAAGUUGCUUGGUUUAAGAUCGAUUCAGUCGUACGUUCCUCGGCUGGAGAAGAUAUCGAGGCAGACAUUUGGGGCAAUGUGGCGCUCAUGGAUGCGUCAAAUGUUAAGAUGGUACAGGCUGGUAGUGAACAAGGGAGAGCUCUGUCUAUAAUGGACAGCUCUUGGCCGUAUUAUCUGGGCGUGAAGAAGAUUCCAGUUCCGCCGGCUGGUUUGACGGACCGGCUGCCGGGAAUUGCUGCAUUGCCGGAGCCUUACGUGUCCUCCAUCCGUCGGCGCCUGAGGGAACUCAUCUCCGUUGCAACGAGUCCACAAGCGAUACAUCUUGGUUUGCCACCAUCAGCAAUCCUUCUUACGUCUACACAGCGACAGAUUGGCAAGGCGUUCAACGCAGAACAAGCGUGUGAGGAUCUGGGAUUGCAUACAUUCAUCAUUGAUGCGUACGACAUCGUUACCGAGAGUGGUGGAGGCGGAGGCGAUGUCAAGACUGAAGGAGUUUUACGUGCGAGAUUCGAACGUGCGAUGAAUUGUGGGCCACAAUAUACUGUUGUCUUGAUCAAGCACAUCGAAGCGCUCAACGCAGAGAGAAUGACAACGACAUUUAAGGAGAUCCUCGCCGAGUCACGAGUUAUCAUUGCAACGACGACAGAUGUAGAGAAGAUUCCAGAUGGCAUUCGUGGCUCUUUCACACACGAGCUCGAAUUGACUGCUCCAGACGAAGGAGAGAGAGAAGGAAUCUUGAGAGGGAUUGUUCAAAACGCUGGCAUACGAAUUGCACCUGAUGUUGAGCUCUCGUCAGUAGCUGUUAAGACCGCCGCUCUUGUCGCGGGCGAUCUAAUCGAUGUCAUUGAUCGCGCCGUGGUGGCAAAACAGAAUCGUCUUGAGAAGCUUGUAGAGACAUUCAACAGCCUUAACCAACCAGCCAAUAAAGUCACGAUACGCGACAUAGAGGUCUCUGGUGGGCCUGGCGCAAUAGCUCUCACGAAGGCAGACUUUGAUGCGGCAGUCGAUGCCGCUCGCAAAAACUUUGCAGAUUCAAUUGGUGCGCCGAAGAUACCAAACGUUAGCUGGGAUGACGUCGGUGGCCUCACUCAUGUCAAAGAAGCGGUGAUGGAGACUAUACAGCUCCCACUUGCUCGGCCAGAACUUUUUGCCAAAGGGAUGAAAAAACGAAGUGGCAUCUUGUUCUACGGACCACCGGGCACGGGCAAAACACUGCUGGCGAAAGCAAUUGCUACCGAAUUCUCUCUCAACUUCUUCUCUGUCAAGGGACCUGAAUUGCUUAACAUGUAUAUUGGAGAAUCCGAAGCCAAUGUGCGGAGGGUGUUCCAAAGGGCUAGAGACGCGAGACCUUGCGUCGUGUUCUUUGACGAACUUGACUCCGUGGCUCCGAAACGUGGCAAUCAGGGCGACAGCGGAGGUGUCAUGGAUCGCAUUGUGUCUCAGCUACUUGCCGAACUUGAUGGGAUGAGCGAUGGCGAGGAAGGUGGCGGUGGCGUCUUUGUCAUUGGCGCAACUAAUCGACCUGAUCUGCUCGAUCAAGCUCUCCUUCGCCCUGGGCGAUUCGACAAGAUGUUGUAUCUGGGCAUAAGCGACUCGCACGAUAAGCAGCGAACCAUUCUCGAGGCCCUAACGCGAAAGUUCACUCUUCACAAAGAUCUAUCACUCGCGAGAGUUGCGUCCGAACUGCCCCUGACUUACACAGGCGCUGAUCUUUACGCGCUUUGUUCCGAUGCCAUGCUCAAAGCUAUCACGCGUCAGGCACGUCUCGUCGACUCCAAGGUCGCAGCACUAAACCAAAAUUUGAAACCAGGAGCCAAUCCGGUUACAGUCGCUGGGUUUUUCGACCACCACGCCACAGAUGAAGACAUUCGCGUAGAGGUUACCGAAGAAGACUUUGAAAAUGCCCGACGAGAACUUGUUCCAAGCGUCAGUGCUGAAGAAUUGAAACAUUAUGAGCGGGUGAGAAAAACGUUUGAAGGAAAUGGCAACAGCAAAAAAGAAAGCGAAAAACCGCAGAUUGCUAUUUCCUCGAGUCCACCAACUACCAACGGGAACAAUUAUGGGCCAGCGAAUGACAAAGGACUGUCUGCUACUCCAGCAAGUAAAGAUUCGAGCAGGCGGCUCAGCUCAGCAAAAUUGAAGGGUCUUCGUGAGAAGACGUUGAACUCUCUACACCGGAGCAGGAGCAGGGGUGAUAAGAGCGGCACAACUCCGGAUGGAGCUUCUCAGGCUUCGCAAGACGAUAGUGAUGAUGAGUACACGAUCGACACGAGCCAUCUUGUCAACGGGAAUGGUAAACUUGUGCAGAAAGGAAAGGCUAAGGGUAAAGGUUCUGCGGGAGGCUUUGGGGAUGCGGCGGCUGAUGACGGGGAAUUGUAUUCAUAAGGUAAGGAGGCUUCUGCCUUCAAGCCCAGUAAAGAAACAAAAAGUCGCAUUGCACGGGGCUAAGGCGUUUGGUCUUUACAUUCGACGUGCUGAGACGGGCUCUUUACUCUAAUGCUAGCCAUUUAGGCAUUCGGACGCCAUGGACUUUCAUUCAUCUCUGCUUGACCAUUUUCGACGACCUGUAAUCAAUAGGUCUUCAAAAUUUACCAGACGCAAGGUGUUUUAAAGCAUUGUUUGCACCGAACGUACCGCGCCUCGCCCCCCUCUUUUCCCA